UGAAGGUGUGUCAGAAUUUGGCCCACCCAUACUGCGGAAAACAUGUCUUUUGUUCUGUCUCUUGCUAGAUUCUCUGCUACUGUUGCUGCUAGAUCAUGCCUGCAGUCACCCAGACUCUUUUCAACGAGUCCUUCUCUCGCUAAAGAGCUCCGUAUAGCUAUCAUAGGCCAGUCUGUGUUUGGUCAAGAGGUGUACAGUCUGUUGAGGAGACAGGGAAAGAAUGUUGUUGGUGUGUUUACGGUACCAGACAACAAUUGUAGACCUGACCCACUGGCAGCUCAAGCUGAGAAAGAUGGAACUCCUGUAUUUAAGAUACCAAGAUGGAGAUUGAAAGGUCAAUUACUACCUGAUGUGUAUGAGAAGUAUAAAAGUGUAAAAGCUACUCUUAACGUGCUACCAUUCUGUACUCAGUUCAUACCUAUGGAAGUCAUUGAUGGAGCAGAGGAGGGAUCCAUUAUAUAUCAUCCGUCUAUUCUACCGAAACAUAGAGGAGCAUCAGCUAUUAACUGGACACUAAUGGAAGGUGAUUCUACAGCUGGAUUCACUAUCUUCUGGGCAGACGAUGGCCUUGACACUGGACCAAUCUUACUUCAGAGAUCUUGUACUGUUGAUAUAAAUGAUACGGUAGACACACUGUAUAAUAGGUUCCUUUUUCCUGAAGGCAUUAGAGCCAUGGGUGAAGCAGUUAAACUCAUUGAAGAUGGUAAAGCUCCACGUAUUGUCCAAUGGGAAGGGGGUGCCACGUAUGAUCAAUUGUGGCAGAAAAAGGAUGUUGCCAAGAUUAACUGGAAUACAACAGCACUUGAACUGCAUAAUUUUAUUCGUGGAUCCGACAAAGUCCCUGGUGCAUGGACCAUGAUUGACAAACAAAAAGUGACACUGUAUGGUUCAGUGUUUGUUGAUGACAGAGAGCCAGUUACUGGUAGAGAGAUUGAGAUAGAAGGAUUAGCUCAACCAGCUGUCAUAACACAGAAUGGUUUAGUGAUGUAUGGAUCUGAUGGAAAGAAAAUAAGAGUAACACAACUUCAGUUGGAAGAUGGUCGUAUGAUACCUGCCAAUAAAUGGGGGAGAGAAGAGAAAGUGGAGAAAUUAGAAUUGAGUCCUGAAGAAGAAGCAUUACAAGAGAAAUUGAGGGGUAUAUGGUCUAGUAUACUCAGCCUUUCUAUAGUAGAGGAUCAGACAGAUUUCUUUGCAGCAGGUGCUUCAUCAAUGGAUGUCACAAGGUUAAUUGAAGAAGUAAAAGACCUCUGUGAUGUGUCGAUGGAUAAUGAUAAUGUUUAUAUGAGUCCAAAGUUUACUGAGUUUGUGACUGAAGUUGUAAUUAGGAGCAGAGGAGGUGGCCAAGCGUCUAAGUUUGAGUAUGAGCCAGUAACUAUUGAAGCUAAUGGAAGGACACUACAAUUUCCCAACCAGUUGUUUGUUAAUGGAGAGUUUAUCAACUCAUCAUGGGGAAAGGAUUAUGAUUGUGUUAAUCCUACUGAUGAAACAGUCAUUUGUAAAGUUGAGUCUGCUUCUGUAGAUGAUGUUAACACAGCAGUCAAAGCAGCUAAAUAUGCAUUUGAAGAAGGAGAAUGGGGUAAGAUGAAUGCUCGUGAUAGAGGUGCACUGAUGUACAAAUUAGCUGAUUUAAUGGAAGAGCAUAAAGAAGAAUUGGCCACAUUAGAGAGCUUAGAUUCAGGAGCUGUGUAUACAUUAGCCCUCAAGACUCACAUUGGAUUCUCUAUUGAUAGUCUUCGUUACUUUGCUAGCUGGUGUGACAAGAUUCAGGGUAAAACCAUACCAAUUAAUCAUGCAAGACCUAGCAGGAACCUUUCAAUAUCUAAAAGGGAACCUAUUGGUGUGUGUGGCAUUGUGAUACCUUGGAAUUAUCCUCUUAUGAUUAUUGGGAAGUGGAAACUAGUCCUAAUAUAG